GAGAAAUGAAUAAUGAUUUAUCUCAAAACAAUGAUUUCAAUCAUGAAGAAAUUAAAAAAUUAAUGAAUAAUUUUUACUUGAUUUCAAUUAAUUUUGAAGAAAAAAAUAACGAAAAUGUUGAAAAUGUUGAAAAUAAUGAAAACAAUAAAAAUAAUGAAAAUGGUGAAAAUGAUAAAAAUGAUAAAAAUGAUAAAAAUAUUGAAUUUGAUAAGUUCAGUAAACUAAUUAACAAUUACUUAAUCGAAAAUAAGAGGGAUUUAAAACUUUUACUAAUACAAUUAAACUACAAUUUAGUACCAAAAUUUUAUGAAAAUAUCAAUUUAUUGGUUGAAAAAUCCAAAGAAAUUGAGGAUCUAAAGAAUACACAAAGUAAUUAUGAGUUAUAUAUGAGAAUUGCUAAAGAGCGACACUUGUUAAGUAAGAGUGACAAUAAUCCAAAAGAUGCUAAUCAAAAUCAAAAUGAACUAAAAGGCUUUAUAACAGAAUUAAGCAAGAUACAUUUGUUUGAUAUCAGCGAGAGCAAAGAAAAUAAUCAAAAUUGUAUAUACUUACUAAACAAAAGUGAAUAAAUCUAAGGAAAUAAAGAUAUAAAGAGAUCAAAUAGAUUAAAAAGAUAAAAAGUCAGUACACUUUAAUACGCUUAAUACACUCCAUACAAUUAAGCAAUGUCAUGAGGUGAAAUCAUAUGAAUUACUAAAAUAAAUAAAUAUGCAUGUAAUUACUAUUAAAAACAAUUUU